AACUAUUAUGUUUUAAUUUUAAAUAAAUUCGAGUAUUUGCUUGAUAUUAUUAUUGUUUUUUUUUUACUUAGUAAGUUAGCACGUGAAUGUUAUUUUGUUUUUCGGAAAGAAUAAUUCUGAAACAUGCUACCAUCGGACAGGAAGUAUCAACUUUUAGUCUUGCGUAUGACAUCGUUUCCACUUCUUCUUUUUGUACUUGCUUUCGAUCUAAUAAGAAUUCUAUGGAAAAAGUUCAGUCUUGAAAAGAUACCCAAGAAAUCUAUACCAACUCCAAAAUGUUCAAGUGUGUUACUUUUCUACGUUGUAUUAGCAAGUGGAAUCAGAAGACUUCAUUAUGGUUACAAUUAUCUCUUAUGCCUUGGACUCAAUCUUGGAUAUGGAUUUUGCCUCCUAUUUGAAAAAGAACGGAUUUUUAAAGCGUCUAUUUCUAUGAAAACUAUUGUGUGUUUCUUCAAACCUGAAACUGUUGAGGCUGUAUUAAGUAGUAAUGCUACUCUUGAGAAAGCCAAUGAAUAUGCCCUUCUGCAACCAUGGCUUGGAACUGGUCUUCUUACCAGUAACGGUAAAAAGUGGAGCUACCGAAGAAAACUAUUAACACCGACUUUUCAUUUUCGAAUAUUAGAAGAUUUUGUACCAGUAUUUUCUGAUCAAUCGAAUAUUCUUGUUUCACGUCUUCGUAAACUUGAGAAAGAUUCAUGGACUGAUGUUGUUCCUCUAAUUACUGCUUGUACUCUAGAUAUUAUUUGUGAAACAGCUAUGGGCGUAAGAAUAAAUGUGCAAUCCGGUGGAUGCAAAGAGUACGUUCAAGCGAUUCAUAAAAUCGGUGAUAUAUUCUUAUUCCGCAUCCUGAGGCCUUGGCUUUUAUUAGAUUUCAUUUUUAAACUUACGCCAUCUGGUAGACAGUUUUUCAAAAAUGUAAAUGUUAUUCAUCGUUUUACUAGAAAAGUCAUAAGAGAAAAGAAAUCUGAAAUGAUAGAAAAUAAUCAUUUAGUAAAAGAGUGGAACGUAAUUGCCAAUGACAGCCCUUCAAAUACAAGCCGCCGCAAAGCUUUUCUGGAAUUACUGUUAGAGCAUCACAUUAAAGAUCCAUCAUUUACUGAAGAAGACAUUAGAGAGGAAGUAGACACUUUUAUGUUUGAAGGUCAUGAUACAACAGCUAUGGCCAUUUCUUGGGCAUUAUAUUUCGUUGGAUUAGAUAAACACGUACAGGAAAAAAUACACGAAGAAUUAGAUGGAAUAUUUGAAGGUGAUAAUGAAAGAGAUAUUGACCGUGAUGACUUAAUGCGUAUGAAGUACUUGGAAUGUGUCAUUAAGGAGACUCUUAGAUUACAUCCUUCAGUGCCUUUCAUAGGUAGAGAAGUUAGAGAAAAUUUCAAAGUGUUGGACUAUGAAGUCGAGAAGGGGUGCACUUGCUUUAUAUUUACAUACAUGCUUCAUAGAGAUGCCGAAACAUUUCCUAAUCCAGAAAAGUUCGACCCCAAAAGAUUUUUUCCCGAAAACGCAGCGGGAAGGCACCCAUACGCCUAUGUGCCUUUCUCAGCCGGGCCAAGGAAUUGUAUAGGUCAAAAAUUUGCUUUAAUGGAGGAAAAGACUGUGCUCGCAAACAUAUUCCGGUCUUUUGAAGUAACAUCCAAGGACCCCAGAGACAAAGUUAAUGUUUAUCCUAGCCUCGUUUCUAGAAACCUUGAACCGCUCAUGCUACGAUUCACACACCGAAAUACAAGAUAAAUUUCAAUUGAGACAAUUAUUACUGGAAGGUACUCUAAAAUAUCUCUCGUCUGAAUUGAUUGCUUGAUUAUCAAGUCACUUAAACGGCUAUUGGACUAAGAAAAUACCUUUUUAAUGAACAUAAAGGUAGGCAGGUACGCUAUUUAACCUACAUUUAAAGAAUCAGUGCAGUGGGUAAAUAGAAUCAAUCCUCUUUGCUCACUGUAUUACAGUAACAAUUUCUGUAUUAACUGAAUAUGCAAGUUGUGAUAAGAUUCAGUAUUUGUACUCGGUCAUAUUUAUUUGUAUUUUUUAUAUCAUGUAUUCCGAGCUUCAUUACUGUUCUGGGUUUGAAUUGUAUUUUUGUGUUUUGAUUGUUAUGUGAUUAAUGAUGUAAAUAAUUCUUUCUAUUGUAUUUAUUCUUUUAAUAACUUCAUAUGACAAAUCAAGAAUUUGUUGUGAUGUUUGAAUAAGAUUUGUUUAUUGUAAGAUGAAAUUUAAUAAAUAUAUGUGACUGUU